AUGCACACUCUUCAGAUCCGACGAUACCAUGGAGGUUGGACUCCGAAUCAAAAGACUGAGAUUGGAGGUUUUGGGUCCUCCAUUUCUCUCGUGAGCUUUCUCAAGGAGAAGUUGAAGGUAUAUUCCAGACAACACAACUGCCAUGUCAAGUUACUGCAGCCUGAUGACAGAUCAACUAUUCCCAGCUCCGUGUCGUCGGGAGCGGUUUACCGUGCCUGUAACAAGGCAAACGGACCUGAGCGGAUCGCUCAAUGCAGUUACGGCAUUCUGGGGAGAGAACCUCACAUGCCCGACGAGUAUCCAGAGCAUCGAGGCCAGAAGUAUACCAGGGAUCCAUACGAUGGCGAUAAGUAUAUCCCAGAUAUCAUGACCUGGAUUCUCAAGAAGGGCAAAAAGGUUGCUCCAUUCCUGACCGUUCACACUGUCGGCCUCCUCCAGACAGGUCCUCUCUCCUGCAGACAGGAGCUUUUCAUCUCAGACCGUGCGACGGAUGACCACUACCCGAUUACCCACUGGAAGAAGAAGGGAGCUCAGAAAGUUGGCGUGAUCGAAGUUGACGUUUCGUUCUUGAGGGAUCAAAACCUAUUAACUCCAAAAGAAGCACGUGUUGAAAAUGGGAUUAAGAUUGGCAAGGAUCACUAUGAGAUCCCAUUGACAAUACGUAUGACAGUCAUAGGGCGUGACCUGGAAUGCAGGGCCAUCUACAAGGACGUGUACGAAAAGAAAUGCCGAUUGAACAUUGCAUCUGCUUUCAAGCCCGGUGUUGAGUAG